AGAGAAUCUCAAACGUAGUUUUAGCUGCUGUGACAUGAAUGAGAUAAUGAACUCUCAGAUUUUCAUAAAUGUAUUGUUACCAGGUUAUUUUCAGGUUUCAUUGACAGAAUCUGCUGUGUGCGUUAACAACUUAACAAAGCAAAGGAACUGCUGCACGGACUAUAGGAAUAUAUCUGGGAGAUGCGAAGCCUGCAUCGGUUUGUGGGGAAAGGACUGUGUCAAUAGAUGUGCAGAUGGUUUUUAUGGACUCGGUUGUCGCCAUAAGUGCCAUUGUAAUGAACAAUUACCGAUAUGUGAUUCCAAACUAGGAUGUACUAAUCGAAGUGAUACAGGAGCCAUGGAAGGAAUAUCAAAUACGACAGUUUUGGCCGUUUUCCUUCUUCUCACUUGUUUUCUUGUAUUCCUGUUAAUAGGAACAGUGCUUUAUUUUUACCAACUACAAAAAAAUCGUGAGAAACCAAGUACGUCUCAAUUAGGUGUAACAACAUGUGCAAGCUCUAAUCAUCUAAAAGAUCAAACGGAGGAUGCUAUCUACAACGAUAUCAGAGAAUCCCAUUUUAUUGACAGCCGAUUUGUUGCUACAACGAACAAUUCAUCUACAUGCUUUUCAAAAGACUAUAAACAAAUACAAGGGAUGAUCUCAAAAUCAUCUAAGCAGGAUAUGUCAACGCCAACAGACUCAAGAGUCCUGAGUCCUACUGAAUAUGAAAGUUGCUUUAAAGAAUCAGAAGGUUAUAGUCGCUUAGGACUUAAAAGUCAUGUUCGAUCAUCUGUCCUCAGAAAAAAUUACGAGUGA